AUGGUUACUUGUCUUCAUCAAACCUUCUAUCGAUCCAAUGCAACCCAAUUAUCAGAGUCUGAUAUUAAGGAAAUCAGAGAUUCAAGAGGAAAAAUACCAAAUGCAUCAAAGAAAAUGGCAGAAAAAUUUCAUAUUGGUGCUCGUCGUGUAUAUGAAAUAUGGGAAUAUACUGAACGUCUUCAACAAGGUCUUGACCAUGUCAGCUUUUCAGCUGAUGAAUCACAAAAUAUAGAGGCUUCAGUUAUAAAAUCAGAAGUAUAUAACAAAGCUGAAAUAAUGAUUGAGAAAGUUUUUAAUAUGGGAGCUAAUCUGAUUUCUAUUGUGUCUGAUAGUGCACCAAGUUAUGCAGAUGCUAGACGUCAGCUUCAAGUUAAACAUGUACAAAUUACUUUUUUGCCAUGUUAUGCUCACCAAAUGAAUCUUUUUGUGGGAGAAAUUUUUAAAGAAUCAGUUGAGUUUAAGGCAACUUCCACAGAUGCAAUAAAAGUUGCACUAUAUUUUAAAUCAUCACUUAAUAAAUAUUUUAUUGGAAAAUUACAUUCAAUACAAAAAGACACAUAUGGUAAAUACAUUCAAAUUGCUAUUGGUAAUGAUACUCAUUGGAACAGUCAUUAUGAAUGUUUUCGUUCAAUGUAUGAACCCCACACAGGAUCAUCAUCAUAUCGUAGACCUGAUGAACCAUUAUAUCUUCCUGCUAAUAUAUCUUCAAUUUUACUAGAUGAAGACUGGUGGCUUUUACUUUCAAAACUAGUAUUGGUACUUAAACCAUAUUGUAUAAUAUUAGACAUUUUGCAGAGAGAUAAAGCAAGGCUGCAUGAAGUUUUGGGUGGUUUUGGAUAUUUUUUCAAAAAAGCUAUCAAUAUGAGCAAAUUACAUGCUUCAAUUAAAUAUCAAUGUAAAGUUAAUGAAGUGGAAGCUAUUCGUAAACAAAAAUCAACAGAAAACAUUGCUGGUCCAAUAGAUUUAGAAAUAAGUGAAGAAAGUUCCACAGAUAUCCAAGAAUUAAAUAAUAACAUUAGUGAAUGGGAAAAUUUGUUACUUCGAGAAGAGGUGGAUGAUUUACUUUCCACAGAUAGUGAUGAUGAUGAAUUUGAAAUAAAUGAGUUAUUAUUGAAUCAAACUCAUCCUGCAUUAGACAAUGUAGCAAAAUGGCAAAUAACUGAUAUUUUUGUUGAAAAUUUAGAAAUACCAUUUUUUAUUGAAGAUUAA